CGUAUGCCUAACCUUAAAUUAAGAACAAAAAGCUACAUUUUUGUUUCAUAAUUCUUGACGAUAUAGCCAAUUUUGACUUUGUGACUGUGCUAUCUAGAGCGAGGACAGAUCUGUCGACCAAAUGGUAUGCGCGGGUUAAUGUUUACUCUCAGGGUUAGCAGUGUAUGGCCGUGUGCUUACCAGAGACUUGGCAACUUACUACUGCCCAGAUAUAUAUCUAAAAUGGUAAGUGCUGCUGGCUGGGUCGAUAACGUUAAUACUAGUAGUCGGUUGAUGUACUCGAAUAGCAUCGUCAGACUUUCAGACUUGUGAUAACUGCAGAUUUCCCAAUACUAUUUCAAUGAGAACCGUGAUAGCGUUUUAUAUGUGUCAUUGUGCAACCGUUUGCAAAAAAAUGUCAACAAUAUAUCUUUAUAGUGGAAGAGCUUGACUAUCACUAUGUUCCACAAUGUAACACUUUCACCUUGCUCGCUGAUGUACUUGGUUGCAAAAUACUGGACGCCCAUGAAGAAGGGGGGAGUGGCUAAAGACACGUCAUACUUUAUUUUCUCCAGCAGGUGGAGCAGUGACAUUGCGGAGCGGUACAUCGCUAAAUUACAUUUAUGGGUCUUUCUCAUACAACCUGUUGCACUGCUCAAUAGUAAUAGCUAUAUUCCCCAUGAUGUCUCUGUAGACCCCCACUGGCUGCCCCCAGCUCCUGAUGGAGAUGAAUGCUACUGGCUGGUACAAACCACUCAAAGAUUAGGGAAUGUACAGGGAAAAAACGGUUACAACCAUAUCUUAUACCUCUCAGCUGGUAGAUGGCAGACAUAUUAAACCAACCGUUAUCUGAUCAUUUUCACCUAAUGAAAAUCGGUCGGACCAGGGUACAGGAGUGUGCUACGUAACAGAAUGCUCGUAUAGAAUGUAUUGUGUUGAACAGAUGUGUCCUUUUCGUCACAUUUCCCACAUGCAAUGUUGUGAACAUUUAACUUCACUGAAAAAAAAAAAAAACCCCGAGAGGUCACUUAAAGGGAUGUCGUUUUACACAUAUUAUUCUACAUACAGCCAUUGUGUUUCCUCUCUGUUGGCCCUGCAGUCUGGAGACCCCCACUGGCUGCCCCCAGCGGACAGAGGCCAGCUACUGUUGGAGCUGAAGGCUACUGGCUGGGUAGAGGUAGAGGAGCGGGACGCCAUCUACAAAGAGCUCCACUUCAAAACCUUUAAUCAGGUGUGUGUGUGUCUGACCUCUGACCCCCAACAUCCACACCCUCAUCCUCUUAACAGUAAAGUUAACACCAUCAACCUAAUUCUGACCCCCCAAGCCCAGUUUUAGGUCAGUAUGUUUGAAACCCCACUGCCUGCCAGACGUAACAGCUUUAACGUUAUUACAGCUAUGCCAGCUUACAUCUUCACUGCAUUACAACUCCCCCCCCCCCCCAUCCAUUUGCAGCGAAUGUCCCAUUGCAUGGAGCAGGAUGUUCUGUUAUUGUUUCCAUGAUCCACCGUUAUUGUCACUAUGGAUAUAUGGUCCUGCGUUUCAGUAGGGAAGGGAAACUGGCAGCUACCCUUACAGCCAAUGGAGAAGCACUAUCUCACAGUGCUAUUGCAGGUGACGCCUGCUGCUGUACCUGGAGUCUAUUCCCCCCCCUGUCUGUGGAAGUUAAUAAAAGUCAUGGUUACACCUUCCAUGGCAUUCGUAGUAGGGGAGAGCUCUGUAGAGAGAGUUGGGGUGAGAUAUCCCUGUUAGUUUGGGACAGGGUGUUGUGUGAUGCGUCUCCCUCCCACCAUAGGUACUGACUUCCCAGGUGAGAUAUCCCUGUUAGUUUGGGACAGGGUGUUGUGUGAUGCGUCUCCCUCUCACCAUAGGUACUGACUUCCUAGGUGAGAUAUCCCUGUUAGUUUGGGACAGGGUGUUGUGUCUCCCUCCCACCAUAGGUACUGACUUCCUAGGUGAGAUAUCCCUGUUAGUUUGGGACAGGGUGUUGUGUGAUGCGUCUCCCUCCCACCAUAGGUACUGACUUCCCAGCCAUGUUAUGCUGCUCUUGGGAGGGUGGUGGACUUUAGAUUUGUUACAUGAGGAUCAGGAGAAAGACAGCUGGAAUAGUUACUAUCGGAAACAGACAAAUUCAUGUGUAUUUUGUAGCUGAUUGGUUGCAGGUGCGGUGAGGGAGGGGCAGGUUUUUGGACCCCCCUUUUUCAUCAGUCCUUGUCUGGAGCGUGUAAGAACUCUGAGAAUUGACCUGCCUUCAGGUGUGUGAGGUACUUUUGUGUAAUAAUACUUUCCUAUUUCCAACCUCAUACUAGAUAAGUAGCCUAUGUUCUUUCUUUUUUGCACCUUUUUGCUUGUGAGUCAGCAUUUUCUCAAUGAGUAAAUAGUGUAUUUUAAAUGUAUUUUGAACAGUGCAGAUGCAUGCAGCUCAGUCAGCGGAGUUACCUUUUAAAAUCCAUCUGCCCCCUUCAAGCAAGGACAAGACAAGAAAAUGGAAAUGUGAAGUUGUGUGUUUUCACUAGGCCCAUGUUCUACCGUUUAGUAAUUUGUCUCUUUUUGGUCUUCCAGAGUGCAGAAUCUCAAGGCUACUUAGCGGACGUUGAUCCAGUGGUUAGCUGUUUUAGGCCCCUAACAGACUCUGUUUUUACACUUCGCUGCGUUUGAAGUCACGGGCUGGGCUCUGACCUCCCCCGUCUCCCUCUCUGGCUCUAAACCCUCUCCUCUUACCUCCACACGUCACAACACAUUAACAUGAGGCAGACCAGAGGGGCAUUUGGCAGCAAUUGGGGUUUCGAUCAGAAUUGUUUCUUUCACAAACAAUCAAAUUGGUUAAAGAAAUUCAUCUGCUUCAGAAACCACCAACAAUCCCACCAUUCCUCCUCACAGUCCCGCUUUGGGACUUUUCCCAAUGAGCUCAUGUUGUUCCAAUUUGACAUCUUGUCCAUUUUUUCCUCCCUUGCUCUCUCCCUCUUUCUCUUAUGUAUUUUCACAAUUUGUAUUGUUCGUUUGUCAUGGCUGUUCUUUAAGGCCUUUUACCAGAGGGGUUAGAGAUGAAGAGUGACACGCUGGCUGAUUUCCAUUCGCCACUUAUCUCCAAGUGAUGGGCUUGGUGAAAUCAGAUCCCCAUGAGUUUAUAAUGAGUCACACAUCCCUCUCCAUAAGGGGAUCCCUUCCACACUGGGCCUCUGGGGGGCGCUAGUAUUUUACCCAUCGAUACAUGUGUAAGCCAGAGAGGAUGGACAGUGGAGCACAGUUGCCAAUCAGGAAUAAACAAGACAGUGGGGUUUUAGUUUUCAUGUUUACUACUUUGAUUACAGCAGCGAGUGGAAGUCUGGUCAUAAAUAAUGCUGUAACCGAACCAGUAGUAAUUUAUAUCCGCAGAGAGCAGCGGGGUACAGCACAUUCUUAUUUGAAAUAGUCCGAGAAGUAAAUGUGAGUUAUUUUCCUUGUCGAACGAAGAGAUAUCUAAUCAGUUUGAACGUUGAAAUCCCUUUUCUGGAGCAGUACUUGUUGAUUGGCAUCCAAAUGGUCUCAUGUGGAAAUAUCUCUGUUAUAUGUCUAUGCUCAGAUAAAUGUUUGUACAGUUGUGUUGUUUUUAUAGCUGUAGUCAUUAAUAUUUAGAAAUCUGAAGUCCUUGAUUUGAUGUUUUUUUGUGUUUUUCAUAUUAUUAUUUUUUUACAGUCAUCUGUUUUUCAUUGAGGAGUGGGAAGCAGAUGGAUACAUAUGACAGUAUUUUAACGUCUGAAUUGAAGAGGCAACAUACGCAGUAGCUAUAUCAUUUUGUACCGUGACCUGUGACCUGUGACCUGGAGUUAAAUCAAUGACAGAUUCCAUCAACCUCUUAACAUUCUUUCAUCCACCAAGGAGAAAAAAAGCUUUUAUCUCCGAGCCUUGAUAAAAGUCCAAGCCUGCGUCCCAAAUGUCACCCUAUUCCCAAUUUAAUGCACUGCUUUUUACCAGGGCUCUGGACAGAAAUAGUGCACUAUAUAGGGAAUCGGGUGCUGUAUGGGAUACAGCCCCAAAAUCACUCUAUAAAAGCUGUAACCACGCAUUAAAGCCAAAUGGAUGUUAUUUUCAAACUUACAAGGUGGCUGGUGAUGAUUCUCUCUUCAGAAGGAGCUGCUGCCAAACCCCUAAAGAAUGAGAAAUCUUCUCUCUUUGUUUUCAGCCAAGGAGACAAAGUUCGAAGUUCACCAACAGUUUUGUGUGUUUGUCAACAAGGCGGUGCCAUUGGUAAAGGGUUAAAUCACUGGCAUGUCUAGACGCUUGUAUGUAAUAUCAUGGAGGCCUGGCCACCUGGUUGUCCCAUAGGGUUGUCUCCAUAGAGAUAAAACUAUCUAUCUGUUGGCCUGGCUAGUCUAGCGGGAAUGCCACCGCCUCCGACUGUGCCACACGUGUCUACGGUGUUGGCGUAGGUUCAAAUCUGGCCUACUGCCCAUUGACACAACCUCGCUGUCUUUCCCCACUGUCAUCCGCUAUCUCUGUCUGUUCAAUAAAAUCAGAAAAAGAGAUUGUUUGUCUCUAUGGUUGUCCCCUCACAGCUCAUGUCUGUGACCCAGGAAGACGUUUCAAUUUCAGCUCCAGAGGAUAUUAUCUGUCUGACUAUCUGCACAGCUCCCUCAAUAUCCCCCAGCUCCACUCUGUUCGAGGCUGAUAACUCCCUCAAUAUCCCCCAGGUCCACUCUGUUCGAUGCUGAUAACUCCCUCAAUAUCCCCCCAGGUCCACUCUGUUCGAGGCUGAUAACUCCCUCAAUAUCCCCCAGGUCCACUCUGUUCGAGGCUGAUAACUCCCUCAAUAUCCCCCAGGUCCACUCUGUUCGAGGCUGAUACACUCCCUCAAUAUCCCCCAGGUCCACUCUGUUCGAGGCUGAUAACUCCCUCAAUAUCCCCCCAGGUCCACUCUGUUCGAGGCUGAUAACUCCCUCAAUAUCCCCCAGCUCCACUCUGUUCGAGGCUGAUAACUCCCUCAAUAUCCCCCAGCUCCACUCUGUUCGAGGCUGAUAACUCCCUCAAUAUCCCCCCAGGUCCACUCUGUUCGAGGCUGAUAACUACCUCAAUAUCCCCCAGGUCCACUCUGUUCGAGGCUGAUAACUCCCUCAAUAUCCCCCCAGGUCCACUCUGUUCGAGGCUGAUAACUCCCUCAAUAUCCCCCAGCUCCACUCUGUUCGAGGCUGAUAACUCCCUCAAUAUCCCCCAGCUCCACUCUGUUCGAGGCUGAUAACUCCCUCAAUAUCCCCCAGCUCCACUCUGUUUCGAGGCUGAUAACUCCCUCAUAUCCCCCAGCUCCACUCUGUUCGAGGCUGAUAACUCCCUCAAUAUCCCCCCCAGGUUCUACUCUGUUCGAGCUGAUAACUCCCUCAAUAUCCCCCCAGGUCCACUCUGUUCGAGGCUGAUAACUCCCUCAAUAUCCCCCAGGUCCACUCUGUUCGAGGCUGAUAACUCCCUCAAUAUCCCCCAGCUCCACUCUGUUCGAGGCUGAUAGCUCCCUCAAUAUCCCCCAGGUCCACUCUGUUCGAGGCUGAUAACUCCCUAAAUAUCCCCCAGGUCCACUCUGUUCGAGGCUGAUAACUCCCUAAAUAUCCCCCCAGGUCCACUCUGUUCGAGGCUGAUCCCCUGUUUUAUAUUCUGAGAGGGACUGCCUGCCUCCCUCUCCGCCAAAUCUCUCUCAAGCCUCUACCUCUCGUUAAGGGCCAUGCUCUGUUUGUAUUGAGUAAGUUGUCGUACAGCUAAAACUGAGCCCCUGGAGAAACCAAACUCCUCUCGCCAUCUCUCGCAGUGAGUGAGCAGCAGUUAAUCUGCUCAGCGGUGUACAGUUCCCCCCCCCUCUGUUGUUUCGAAAAUGAAAUGACACUUUCCCUGGGAACUGCAGACAUUCUUCCAUUGAUCUGAUCUGUGCUGCUUGUGUUGUGAAAUAGCUGGAGGGGACCUGCGAGGUGUGGCGCCCAAGCGGAGGUGGUUAGAUAAUCGGCCUAUCAGUCUUGGUAAGCCAAGAUGGCCAUGACGUUUGCUGUCUAUUGAGGAGCCAAUGACGUGUUAGUUAAGAGCGUCUGGUAACCCCGUAGUGAAAGAGAAUUACACGACACCUUACAUAAAUAGGACUUGACGUUUUAUGAAAAUCUGUUCCAUAUGAUGUUAUUUGCUUGACCAUUUUUUUCACAGGGUCAUGGAUAUGUUGCACCUUUGUCAGAGUGAUAGAUUUAAGUUUCUUCCCAUAAUAGAAUGAAGUUUAUUUUCAUAUAUUAAGUUCAUGUUUGACUUACCCGUUUGCUCAUGUGACUGUCCUUGAAUGUCUUGUCAUCAUCACCCCAUUCAGUUUGUGCCUUUCUCUUUCUCUCUCUCUCUCUGCAUCUGCUCUCCUCUGUUUCUCUCUCUCUCUUAUCUCUCUCCUCUCUCCUCUCUCUCUCUCUCCUCCUCUCUCCUCUCUCUCUCUCCUCUCUCUCUCUCCUGUCUCUCGACCCUCUCUCUCUCUCUCUCUCUCUCUUAUCUCUGCUCUCUCCUCUCUCUCUCUCUCUAGCUCUCAUCUCCUCUCUCUCGCUCUAUGUCUGUCUCUCUCUCUCUCUCUCUCUUCUCUGUCUCUCUCUCUCUUGCGUCUCUCUCUCUCUCUGGUGCUCUCUCUCUCUCUGUCUCUCCCUCUCUCUCUGUCUCGGUCUCUGUCCUCUCUCUCACUCCUCUCUCGGUGUGUGGAUUAUGAACGUUUUGAAGCUAGCGUUAGUGUUGAUGGGUCUCGGAUGGUAAUGUAAUCACUAGAGGGUGGAGGAGCGGGUGCAGAGAGAGAGAGAGAGGGGGGGGGGGGGGGGGGGGGGGGGGGGGGGGGGGGGGUGUGAGUGGCACAAUCUGCAUGCACUUACUCCUGGCAGAGAGUCCAGGCGUCCCUAAGCCUUGGACCGCGAAGCGGUGGAAAACGAUCUGUAAAUGUCAGGCACAUGUGUUUGAAACUAGGGCUGUGUUUCAGCCCCGGCCGCAACGAGGGAAAAGCUAUCCGACGUCAAAUGGUCUCAUCCAGUGUUUUUAUGACAAUCACGGCGGUAAUAGCCCAAAAAUGUCCGUCAAAAAAGCGGUGUGUGAGGAACGUACUGGCCCGCCUGUUGGGUGUUUCUGAUUAUUUGAGAUGGGGAUCUGUGCUGUGUCACGUCAAAUUAGCAGACCCUGACAGCUCGUACGUGGGCUGUAGUAGUGUGGCCAACGGAGUGUGCCCCAAUGGUAGGCUUCAUGAUAGGUAGGCUUCAUGAUGGGUAAACACAAGGUCCAGAGCGGGAUAGUCCUUGACCUCUGUUGACUUUUGGUGUCAGUCGGAGCUGAGGGUUGUGCCUUCUCUUGUCUGGGGGGGUGCAGAGUGUCGGGACGACCUCUGGGUGACCUUGGUUAAACCACACUGGGCUGUGUCUCAAACAGCACCAUGUUCCCUACGUAGUACAAGAACCCUAUCGCUCUGGUCAAAAGUAGUGCACUAUAUAAGGAAAAGUAGUCCCUUUGGGACACACCCUUUUUUACUGCCUUAAGGGACCUCCCUCCCUGCCACAGAACUAACAACAUACCUGUACACAUACAGGCCACAUUCUGUAGACUAAAAGAAAGUCACGGAUUUAUACUGAACAAAAAAUAUAAACGCAACAUGCAACAAUUUCAAAGAUUUUACUGAGUUACAGUUCAUAUACUGGGGGACCAGGCCCAGCCAAUCAGAAUGAGUUUUUCCCCACAAAAGGUCUUUAUUUCAGACAGAAAUACUCCUCGGCUUCUUGAUAUGAAACACCUGUCAGGUGGAUGGAUUAUCUUGGCAAAGGACAAAUGCUCACUGACAGGGAUGUAAACAAAUGUGUGCACAACAUUUGAGAUAAAUAAGCUUUCUGUGCUUUUUAUUUCAGCUCAUGAAACAUGGGACCAACACUUUACGUGUUGCGUUUAUAUUUUUGUUCAGUGUAAGUAGCCCACUGUGUGAAUGCCAUUAAAAGGAACUCUAGACAAAUAGUUAAUAUGAUCACUGUGACUGUACCUACUGCAUACAUGUCAGUCACUAGUCUCCAAAAACCCAACCCCUAGGCAACACAGCGACUAGGAUCUGGUUUCAACGAUGGACUCUUUUGACAUCGAGGAAGUACAGUAUGUCACUGUCUACGUCGAUAACACAUUGCCAGAACGUCGUGAUUCAAAAACCCAAGUUUGCGGGCAAAACCUUUUGCAGUGGUUUAAGUUAAGGUAGUUGAUGCAAACUAGCUGCCUGUGAAAUGCACUCUAUAAAAAAGAAACUCCUUGAUCGCCAUCUUGCUAGCUACUAUUUAGUAUUUUAUUCAAGCGGAUAGUGACGUAGUGACGUAGACAGUGACGUAGUUCCUCUAUGCCUGAAGAGUCCAUCGUUGAAACCAGACCCUAGUCACUGUUGCCUAGCGACUGUUGCCUAGGGUUGCGUUUUGGAGACUAGUCAGUCAGAUUAGUUCUGGUAGGGAAAUGUUUAAACAACACCUGACCUGGCAGCGAGCAUAUUUAAUCAUCUCCAUUAUUACCAAUGAGAGUUGACAAAAAGCAGACUGACUGCAAACCUAAAUUGGUGCCAAGGGGUCAAGUUGCAGGAAUAUGCCAAUUACUUAAAUUGAUCAGGAGAUGGUUUCCUUGAUAACCAAUUUGAUCAAGUUCGGCCGAUCGUGUUACAUCAUGCUGGGGGAGGAAAAAGGAGGUCUCCAAAUUGGUUACAACACACUAAAGACUAAACGUGACUUCCUCUCUCUCUCUCUCUCUCUCUCUCUCUUCUGUUUAGUCGGAUGUCUCCCAAAUGGCACCCUAUUCCCUACAUAGUGCACUACUUUGGACCAGAGCCCCGUAUAGGAAAUAGGGUGCCAUUUGGAACGCGGCCGUCAUGUCAGAAGGUGGAUAUAGCUACAGGUUUAGCUGCUGAGAUGGCCUGUAAACAAUGGCGUUUCAGUUUAUGUAAUUAACCGAGGAGGAAGUAUUUAGAGGCUUAAUUGAGAUUGCAGUGGGGAAAUUGCUCUGAAAUGGCUGUACCUGAUUUAUUCACAGUGGGAACACGGUGCGGAGCGAGCGAUUUCACCCUUCUUUGUAGAUUAGAAUAACUAUAAUCACUCCCUUCAUGCCUGGACUCUGAUUGGAGUGCACACAUGCCACCAGAAAUAUGGAGAAAGAUGGAGCGAGAUUGUGUGUGUGUGUGUGUGUGUGUGUGUGUGUGUGUGUGUGUGUGUGUGUCAGGUAGCAGUGUUGGUGGUGUGGGUUCUUCCUGCAUGUCAGAAAAGCUCGCGGCCAGCAGCUUACUGACUCUUGUUUUCUCUUGGUUCCCUCACCUAGGCGUUUGGCUUCAUGUCCCGAGUGGCUUUGCAAGCGGAGAAGAUGAACCACCAUCCGGAGUGGUUCAACGUUUAUAACAAGGUAGUGACACUCUGCUGUUGCCUCUUCGGAGUUCAACUGCUGAAUAAGUCUUUUAUAUGAGCUAUGGUUUGAUAUCCUUCACAAACUGGCUUUUGCUAAGAGUUGAAUUUGUCAUGUCAAACCAUUGCUAGGCUACAGGGAGGGAUUUCUUAUGUUUCAGGGGCCAUCGCCACACACACACAAGUCAAACUGAUGAGCGGUGGCUUUCAACAGUAAUUCAGACAUUUUUCUUGAGAAAAUCUCUGCAAAUAAAUGUAUUUUUCCCCCUCUCUUAGAAAUAAGUAGCAGUUGAUAUGGCAAACAGUGCCCCUGAAAAUCUCUCAGCAUUAAGCUUUAGCCUCUGAGUUACUGUGUGGAGGACCAACUGCGCUGAGAAGAAUUCAACAUUUAAUCCUCUCUUUAUUAAAGUGGCUACAUGUUUUUGGGCCUUCACAGUACUUUCCACUGUGCUCUGAAAAAGAAAAGGAAAAAAAACACAUAUGACUUGGAUGUGUAUGUUAUGAUAUGGAUGUGUAGGUUAUGGUAUGGAUGUGUAUGUUAUGAUAUGGAUGUGUAGGUUAUGAUAUGGAUGCGUAGGUUAUGAUAUGGUUGUGUAGGUUAUGAUAUGGUUGUGUAGGUUAUGAAUGUGUAGGUUAUGGUAUGGAUGUGUAUGUUAUGGUAUGGAUGUGUAGGUUAUGAUAUGGAUGUGUAGGUUAUGAUAUGGAUGUGUAGAUUAUGAUAUGGAUGUGUAGGUUAUGAUAUGGAUGUGUAGGUUAUGGUAUGGAUGUGUAGGUUAUGAUAUGGAUGUGCAGGUUAUGGUAUGGAUGUGUAGGUUAUGAUAUGGAUGUGUAGGUUAUGGUAUGGAUGUGUAGGUUAUGGUAUGGAUGUGUAGGUUAUGGUAUGGAUGUGUAGGUUAUGGUAUGGAUGUGUAGGUUAUGAUAUGGAUGUGUAGGUUAUGGUAUGGAUGUGUAGGUUAUGAUAUGGAUGUGUAGGCUGAUGUGGAUGUGUAGGUUAUGAUAUGGAUGUGUAGGCUGAUGUGGAUGUGUAGGUUAUGGUAUGGAUGUGUAGGUUAUGAUAUGGAUGUGUAGGUUAUGGUAUGGAUGUGUAGGUGUAUGGAUGGAGGGUAUGGAUGUGUAGGUUAUGGUAUGGAUGUGUAGGUUAUGAUAUGGAUGUGUUUAUGUGUGUAUGGUAUAUGUUGGUAUGGUGUUAUGGUAUGUGAUGUGUAGGUUAUGUAUGGUGUGUAGGUUAUGAUAUGGAUGUGUAGGUUAUGAUAUGGAUGUGUAGGUUAUGGUAUGGAUGUGUAGGUUAUGGUAUGGAUGUGUAGGUUAUGUAUGGAUGUGUCGGUUAUGAUAUGGUGUGUAGGUUAUGGUAUGGAGUGUGGUUAGGUUUAUGGUAUGGAUGUGUAGGUUUUAUGUGUAUGGUAUGUGGUAGGUUAUGUAUGGAUGUGUAGGUUUGUAUGGAUGUGUAGGUUAUGUGGUGAUAUGGAUGUGUAUGUGUGAUAUGGAUGGUGUAGGUUAUGGUAUGGAUGUGUAGGUUAUGAUAUGGAUGUGUAGGUUAUGGUAUGGUGUGAGGUUAUGAUAUGGUUUUGUAGGUGUGUGGUUAGGAUGUGUAUGGUUUGGGUAUGUGGAUGUGUAGGUUAUGGUAUGGGUGUGUGGGUUAUGAUAUGGAUGUGUAGGUUUGUGUUGGGAUGUGUAGGUUAUGUAUGGUGUGUAGGUGUUGUUGGUUGUAUGGUUAUGGUAUGGAUGUGUAGGUUAUGAUAUGGAUGUGUAGGUGAUGUUGGAUGUGUAGGUUAUGAUAUGGAUGUGUAGUGAUUGAUGUGGAUGUGUAGGUUUGAUAUGGAUGUGUGCGAUGGUUAUGAUAUGGAUGUGUAGGUUAUGGUAUGGAUGUGUAGGCUGAUAUGGAUGUGUAGGUUAUGUAUGGAUGUGUAGGUUAUGGUAUGGAUGUGUAGGUGAUGGGAUGUGUAGGUUAGGGAUAUGGAUGUGUAGGUUAUGUAUGGAUGUGUAGGUUAUGGUAUGGAUGUGUAGGUUGAGUGAUAGGUGUGGUGUGUAGGUUAUGAUAUGGAUGUGUAGGUUAUGGUAUGGAUGUGUAGGUUAUGGUAUGGAUGUGUAGGUUAUGGUAUGGAUGUGUAGGUUAUGGUAUGGAUGUGUAGGUUAUGGUAUGGAUGUGUAGGUUAUGAUAUGGAUGUGUAGGCUGAUGUGGAUGUGUAGGUUAUGAUAUGGAUGUGUAGGCUGAUGUGGAUGUGUAGGUUAUGAUAUGGAUGUGUAGGUUAUGAUAUGGAUGUGUAGGUUAUGGUAUGGAUGUGUAGGCUGAUAUGGAUGUGUAGGUUAUGGUAUGGAUGUGUAGGUUAUGGUAUGGAUGUGUAGGCUGAUGUGGAUGUGUAGGUUAUGAUAUGGAUGUGUAGGCAGAUGUGGAUGUGUAGGUUAUGGUAUGGAUGUGUAGGCUGAUGUGGAUGUGUAGGUUAUGAUAUGGAUGUGUAGGUUAUGAUAUGGAUGUGUAGGUUAUGAUAUGGAUGUGUAGGUUAUGGUAUGGAUGUGUAGGUUAUGAUAUGGAUGUGUAGGUUAUGAUAUGGAUGUGUAGGUUAUGAUAUGGAUGUGUAGGUAUGAUUGGAUGUGUAGGUUAUGGUAUGGGUGUAGGUUAUGGUAUGGAUGUUGUAGGUAAUGAUAUGGAUGUGUAGGUUAUGGUAUGGAUGUGUAGGUUAUGAUAUGGAUGUGUAGGUUUAUGGUAUGGAUGUGUAGGUUAUGGUAUGGAUGUGUAGGGUUAUGGUAUGGAGUGUUGUAGGUUUAUGGUAUGGAUGUGUAGGUUAUGGUAUGGAUGUGUAGGUUAUGAUAUGGAUGUGUAGGUUAUGGUAUGGAUGUGUAGGUUAUGGUAUGGAUGUGUAGGUUAUGAUAUGGAUGUGUAGGUUAUGAUAUGGAUGUGUAGGUUAUGAUAUGGAUGUGUAGGUUAUGGUAUGGAUGUGUAGGUUAUGGUAUGGAUGUGUAGGUUAUGGUAUGGAUGUGCAGGUUAUGGUAUGGAUGUGUAGGUUAUGAUAUGGAUGUGUAGGCUGAUAUGGAUGCGUAGGCUGAUAUGGAUGUGUAGGUUAUGGUAUGGAUGUGUAGGUUAUGGUAUGGAUGUGUAGGUUAUGGUAUGGAUGUGUAGGUUAUGGUAUGGAUGUGUAGGUUAUGGGAUGGAUGUUUAGGUUAUGAUAUGGAUGUGUAGGUUAUGGUAUGGAUGUGUAGGUUAUGGUAUGGAUGUGUAGGUUAUGGGAUGGAUGUUUAGGUUAUGAUAUGGAUGUGUAGGUUAUGGUAUGGAUGUGUAGGUUAUGGUAUGGAUGUGUAGGUUAUGAUAUGGAUGUGUUGUAACUAUGAUCUUGUUUAGAGGAACAUUUAGUUGUUUCUUCAUACUUUGUUUUCCACUCUGUCUUGUUUUCAGGUCCAGAUAACACUAACUACGCAUGACUGUGGAGGAUUGUCCAAACGGGAUAUCAAGAUGGCCAAGUUUAUUGACAAAGUUGCCCUGUCCAUGUAGAUUUGCCUCUUGUAUAUGUCACAGAAUCUUCCAAAUAAAAUGUAUUGAUUAUAAUGUGUAGGCCUAAUCAUUUUUGUGGAUGCACAUUCAUGAUGUGGUUCUAUUUUACAGUUGAAUAAAUCAUUAAA